AUGUGGUCGAGAGACUGUACUGCUAGAAUUUGGACUAUUGGAGAUGGUCCAUGUAAUUCUACUAUCCGAAGGAGAGCUCCAAAUGUUUUGGUUUUGAAGUCUCUGGAAAGUCAAACAAAUGAGACCGACGAUCUUGUUACAACACUCAAUUGGAAUAGUGAGGGUACCCUGCUUGCAACAGGUAGUCAUGAAGGAAAAGUCAGAAUGUGGAACCGAUAUGGGGAAUUGGUUAAAAAUCUUGACAAUCAUAGUUGUCCAAUCUUCGGUUUGAAGUGGAACAAGAUGGGUGAUUAUCUACUUAGCGGUAGUGUUGAUAGAACUGCAGUUGUUUGGAAUGUGAUUUCUGGCAAACCGAAGCAGCAAUUUGAAUUUCCUUCAGUUGUAAUUGAUGUUGAUUGGCAAAACAACGAUUCUUUUGCGGUCAGCCUCACUGGUGGCAUGAUUUACAUUUGUAAAGUUGGGGAGAAUAGACCAGUCAAAAGAUUCUCGGGACAUGAGAAUGAUGUCAACGCUGUCAACUGGGAUCCCUCAGGUUCCUUGCUUGCUUCAUGCUCUGACGAUGCCACAGUUAAGAUAUGGAGCAUGAAACAAGAUGUUUGCUUGCAUGAUUUCAGAGAACAUUCCGAAAUUACAUAUACCAUCAAAUGGAGUCCAACUGGCGCUGGUACAAGCAAUCCAAAUCAACCGUUGUUACUAGCAAGUGGUUCAUUUGACGCUACUGUGAAAAUAUGGAAUGUUAAACAAGGGCGUCUUCUUCAAAGCUUGAACCGUCACAGAGGACCUGUUUUCUCUGUUGCAUUUAGUCCGAACGGGAAAUACUUGGCAAGUGGAUCAGCUGAUAAAUGCAUGCAUAUAUGGUCAGUGAAGGAGGGCAAUAUUGUAAAAACUUACACCGGGGAUGACAAUAUUUAUGAAGUGUGUUGGAACAAGGAAGGCAACAAGAUUGCAACUUGUUUUGCAAACAACAAGGUUUGCGUGUUUGAUAUAAGAUUAUGAGAUUUUAAAAAAAGAACUUGGGUUUUACAAUUGAAGCGACUCUAAUCGUAGAAAUGAAGAUUGUAGAUAAGUUUAUUUUUAUUCGUCACCUAGCGUUUGAUUAAUCUGUAUUAGGGCCCGACUAAAUCAUUAUAACUUUGACCUAAACUUCGGGUGGUAUUGCGCA